CACUACAAAAAUUUCAGCUGGAUUGAAAAAAAAAUACCAAAAAUAAAAAAAAUAUUUGCUAUGAAAUCUCGAAGAUUGAAAGAUCCUAGUCUUUCUGGUGGAGCAUUGGUGCACCACUCUAUAUUUUAGAUUUUUACUUGGAUUCAAUGUUUGUUGGCUUUUCCAGCGAUAUUGGACAAACAAAUUUAAUAUUUUUAAAACAGGUUUAUAGCUCUGAGCGAUAAAGGUUUAACAUUUGUUUGUACAUUGCACCGUCUUUUUGUCGCUUAGAAAAAUAAUAGGUAUUAUUUUUUUUCAUGUUGAUUUUUUGUAAUUUUCUUUCUUAAAUUAAUCAUUUUUUUAAAUCAUUCUUUAAUAUCCAUAACUCGAAAACGGUUUUAAACAAAGAAAAACUGUGAACUGAAAAUUGCAUAGAAUCCAUGGAAACGCAUGAUAUUCAAAAUUUCCACCGAAAAUAAAACCCCCCAGCUCAGCUUUGACAUGCACGUCAAGUCUUGCAAUCCAAAAAAAAAACGGUAACAUUUCUCUUCUGUUUUUUUUUUUAUUUUUCCCUUUCACUCAAAAAAAAAGUAGGAACCUCGUCGGUGGUUUCGUACACGCCGAUGACGGAACUGGACUACGGCACGCUGCUCUGCGUGGCCACGAACCGGAUCGGCAAGCAGCGGCAGGCCUGCGUGUUCCACAUCAUCGCCGCAGGCCGCCCCGACCAGGUCCACAACUGCUCGCUGGCGAACGUGUCGAUGACGUCGCUGAACGUGCGCUGCUACGAGGGCUUCAACGGCGGGCUGGCGCAGAGCUUCUUCCUCGAGCUGCGGGACACCCACACGCAGGAGGUGCGGUUCAACAACACGGCCCCCAUCCCGCGGUUUGCCGUGCCCAAUUUGCACCCCAGCGCCGUCUACCAGCUGUCGGUGUACGCGUUCAACUCCAAGGGCAAAUCCGAACCGUACGUGAUGUCGGCGGCCACGCUCCGGCUGCCCGAGAAGCAGAUGAACUCGGAGAAAACGGAACGUCCCCGAUCGCCGCUGCCGCUCACCCCGACCCUCUCGAUCGCGAUCGGUCUGGGGGCGGCCAUCCUGAUCGGGUCGUGUGCCAUCGUGCUGGCGUUCAAGUUCCCCUGCGGUGGGGCCACCCGGCGGCGCAACAAGGAAACGGGCCACCACAACCACCAGAGCACCACCGUGCGGACGUCGUCGCCGGGUCCGAGCGACAAGAGCGUCGCCAGCAAGGAGUACGACGGCAACGAGAGCGACGAGAAGAACCCGGACGUGAUUCCGGACACGAUCGACUCGGACGAUCAGAUGGAGUACAUCCGUCGCCGCCAGCACAUAUCCACCAUCGACACGAGCAGCCCGAGCCGGCUGCUGCUGACCACGACCUCGGCGGUCGCGUCCCAGGCCCAGCAGCAAAACUUCAUGGGCUCGACCAUGACCCUCGGGGGCAACCACGCGAGCCUCGGCUAUUGCACGCUGCGAAACGGCGGCGGAAUGGGCCUCGGCCCCCAGAACCAGGUGGUCACCAACGUGUCGAUGGCUCACGGCGUCGGUCCCAGUGCGUUCACCUCGUCCACGUGCACCCUGCCGCGACAUCCAGCGGCGGCCGGGCUGAGCCUCGGAGGGCCGGGCGUUUCGAUGGCCCCGCACCAUUGGCCCUCGUACGGGGGGACGAUCGCGGGGGUGCGCAACUUGACGGCCAUCUCGGUGACGAGCAGUCAACACACGAUUCCACCACCGCCACCCUCCACGAUCGCCAUGCAACAUCUCGGCGGGGCGGGGACGCUGCCACGGGGAGGCGGUGCCGGGGCCAGCUUCCUUGACCACCACCAGCAGCAGCACCAGCACCAACAGCAGCAGCCGCGGUCACGGGUCUGUCUGGCCGAGGAGGACGUGUCCGCCGAUACGCCCCUCAUGGUCAAGCGCGAGUCGACCGUAUGACUAUAGGAGUCUCACAGGGUCGGUGAUACGGCCCUGUGAGGUUCCGCCAGCCACCACCGGGAGGAGGAGGACGGGGAGGAGCAGGCGGAGGACGAGGCAAGACUUUAAUACACACACACUCACACACAUUCACUCUCACACAAUAAUUAGACGCGCGUUGUUACUUGUUCACAAAUUACGGUGGAAGAACUUGACAAGAUAUUUUUUUCGUUCCAAAGCAAGUCUCUCUCCCAUGUUCGAUGUCUAAGCGUCAAUGAGAAGAAGAAGAAAAGUAAGAGGAAAAACACGUGUUUUUACCAAAUUAUAUCAUUUUGUGAUAUGAACGCUGUGAAGUAUUGAAGAAAAAACCAAGUCGAAAAUCGAUGCUCAAUUUUGAGUGCACGUUUGAUUUCCUUUCGAAGGAUGUCGUUGAAAUCUUUGUACAAAAUGUAACUUAGUUAUGUUUUUUUUUCGGUGAAGGUGGUUCAAGACUGAUUAAAAUUUUCCCGAAAAAUUUUUCAAAUGGAAAACAGGCUUAAACUUGAACCAGUCUAUGAAUUACCGAAGCAAACUUAAGGUUGCUGUAAAUAUUAAUCAAGUUCACUUUUUUUUGGUGUAUAUAUAAAAAAUCAACAAAUCAAGACUACAACGGCUAAGAGGAAAGAAAAGCCAACGCAGAUGUACUUUAUGUCCCAAAUCUUUUUUUUUUUGUUUUUGUAAAACACAACCCAACGUGGACGAGUCUGUUCAGCACACUCUCGCAAUUUCAAAAUCCACGAAUCAACCAAACUAGCUGAUUUCUGAAAAGGGUGAACUCAUUGCGUCAUUUUUUUUUUUCGUUUAAAUCAAAAAUUAAACUUUAUUUGCUCUUUCUCGGAAAAAUA